AUUUUGGAAUCUUAGAUACAUUCUAAUUCCUUUUUUUUUUUAACUCGGAAUUUUUGGAUUUUAUAACUUUCGGAUGUAGGAAUUGAUAUAGGCUCGCCAAAAUAAAAAAUAUUCAGAUUGUAGUCGAAAUCGGAAUUUCCAAUCAACUUUUACCCCCCAACUCCAAAGUUGAGGAGCCAGAGGACGCGCGGCACCAUCAACUUGUUGGCGAGUUUUGUUUGACACAACUUAUGAGCUUCUUCCAAUUUGACAAGAAGACCAACCUGAAUCAAAAGCAUAGUGAUCAUCUUCAAACAAAGCACUGAGAGAAAAUGGAGGACAAGGGGAAAGGAAACGAAAGAUGGAACGGAGCCAUAAGCAAUCUGACAGAAAUGUCCUUCAAUUUGGAGUCACUCCAGAAGCUACUCCUCAAAAAGGCUGUCUUUGUUGACGAAGAAACCUUUGCCAAAGCCUCGCUUUGUUCCGAACAAGCACGAACCAUCAAGGUUCUUGAGCAAAGAGUAGAAACUUUGGAGAGAGAACUUGAUGCUGCCAUUACAGCUGCUGCUCGCGUUCGUUCAGAAAAACGACAGGCUGAGGCAGCAGAAAAGGCUGCUGAAUUACAUGCACAGGAAGUUACAAAAGAGCUCGAGAACACCUCAAAGGUAUUUGAGCUGCACAUGGAAGAGUUGCGGGCAAAGCAAGAAGAAAUAGUUAAGCGUGAUAAGGAAAUCAAACUCUUGGAAGCUAUAAUUCAGACGCUUGGGGGAAAGGAGUCGCAUUCGAGAAAAGGGUAGAAAAUCUGUCUUGUGAAAUUUAGUAUCAAGUUGGUCCUUC